CGCGUACUUGGGCAAGCUUCCUUAACAAUGGGGGAGUUUCUUCCCCUCCAGACUCGUCUCCGAAGCUGCAGGAGAAGAAGAACCUCGUGGGUUCCGCCUCUUCUAGCAGCUUACGACAUGAUCUUAAGGGAGAGGGACGACGCGAACAACUACAUUCGGAAAAUUGGAAUGAGUUUGACGACGUGAUCGACACUGUGGUGCUUUCCGGUCCGGCGCAAGCAAUACAGCGUAUUGGCCGGCAAUGGGCCUCGGUGAUCGAGGCGUGGACCUUGCUGGUGAUCGUGCUCACUGCGUUUUUGAUGCGGCUGUUCUUAAGGCUAGUAGAUGGUUUCUAGUUUGAUCGUGCUCACUGCGUUUUUGAUGCGCCUGUUCUUAAGGCUAGUUAGUAGAUGUUUUCUGGUUUGAUAGUUUGAUCCACCUUUAGAUGAAGCAACUAAGUGCGAGAACUUAAGAGGUACUAAGUACGAGAACUUAAGAGGUAAGUUCUUGGGGGGUUGUCAAACGGAGGUACCCGGGGGGUUGUCAAAACCAUGUCCAGACAAGCAUUUCUUAGAGUUUCAUCUUUUUGAGAAACUAUCGUCGCGCUGAGGACGAACUUCAAGGAACUUUUGUGCCAGGGAAGAAAGAAUUCUAAUACUCGCAGUGAUUCGAUUCGAGGCCGUAAUCCAUGAGUUCGAUCCUCAUUUUAAUUGGCGGACAACCGAAUACUUGGCAGAACACGGGUUCUCGGAGUUUUGGAACUGGUUUGACAACUUCACCUGGUACCCUUUGGGUCGUGUGGUAGGAAAUACGCUGUUUCCCGGUCUCAUGACGACUUCGACGCUGCUUAAUUUAUGAGAAGAAUCAAGUUCAACGUGGAGAAGUUCUUUUUGCGUAAGAAGAUAAGCACGAGUAUGUACCGUUUGGAUACAAGUGUUUACUCUUCUAGUUUCGUUUGGUACAACAAUUAUUUCUUUGUAAACAAGUGCACAACACAUCACCGAGAACGACGCAAGAGGACGCGAGGUUGACGAAUAGCAAGCUCUAAUCAACUGGAUGUUGAACUACCUAGGCCUCAAGGUUUCCGUAUUGCACUGCUGUGUGUUUUUCGCACCUCUCUUCGCCGGUCUGACCAGCCUGGCAGCGUUUCUGCUUACCAGAGAAGUGACGGAGCGGCCUGAAGCUGGACUGUUCGCGGCACUCUUCAUCGCUAUAUGCCCGAGCUAUAUUAGCCGCAGCGUCGCAGGCAGCUACGACAACGAAGCGUGCGCUAUUUUCGCGAUUGUUUUCUCCUUCUACGCAUUCACAAAAGCAGUGAAAAGUGGGAGCACGCUGGCAGGUCUGUUUUCCGCGUUCGCGUUUUUGUACAUGGUGGCGUCCUGGGGUGGGUACAUUUUCGUGCUGAAUACCAUUGCGAUCUACAUGCUGCUCAUCUUCCUGAUCGGUCGUUUGACUCCGCGACACUUCGUUGCCUAUUCGCUAUUCUACGUGGUCUCGACGAUCCUGUGCCUCAACAUCCCCUUCGUCAAUUUUCAGGCCGUUACAAGUUCAGAACAUCUGGCCUCACACGGUGUUUUUCUCGUCAUGAACGCGCUCUACGGAACCCAGUUUCUGCUGGAUGCCCUGUGCACUGAGGAGGAAGAUGGAGAAGAUGGCGUACUCCUGGAGGAACAAGGAUCGGAUGGUGAAAGUCAGAAGAAUAGUAGUACCAAAGCAUCAUCAACAUCAACGAAAGAACGGACAACAACAACUACAACAACUACGACUACGAGCAAAAAACGAUCCGCCAUCGUCUCGCGUGGACGUUUGCUCUGGGUCGUCCUGAAAGCGGUUGCGCUGAUCGUCGCAGGUCUCUUUUUGGCACUGGUAGCUUAUCUAACUGUCAGCGGGAAGACGAAUUGGUCAGGGCGAAGUCUCAGUCUCUUGGAUCCAACCUACGCAUCCAAAUACAUCCCGAUUAUCGCCAGCGUCUCAGAACAUCAACCCUCCGUUUGGUCCAAUUACAUCAUGGAUCUACACGUCUUGCCCUUUUUGGUACCUGUGGUUAUGGGAUCGAUGACAUUGACAUCUCUCCUUUUUGUGAGAAAUCCUUUCUGGGUAGAAGACGAGUUGUUGCAUGAAGAAAAUAAGUCAAAAGCUUCGAUUAAAAGUUACUUUAUAACCCUUUUAGUUUCAGCAAGAUCUUCUACAGACGAAGGUCUAAGUACAUGGAGAUGGAAGUAAGUACAAGGUUCUUCGUCCAUGCUCUAAGAUUCGCAUCUAUCUGGUUUUUAGCUGGGCUUCGGAUGCUUCGCUGUUGCUGGGUAUCUACGGCGUCGUGGCAGUCUACUUCUCUGGUAUGAUGAUUCGGCUUUUGCUAGUCCUCUCGGCUGCGGCCUGUUGUCUGGGAGGUGUAGCAGCAAGUGAGAUUCUGUCCACACUGAUGCCCAUGUUGCGCCGAAAAAGCACCUGGGACGGGACAAGGCUGUUUGGGUGGCGUCUGGCAGGUGAGAGUGCUGAAGUAAAUGCUCAGGAUUCUUUCGUCGAAAAAGCAGGUGAAAAACAGAAAGCUUCUAGCAUGGGCAAGGCAGAUGUUGACACGGUUGGUGGAGAUGGGAAGAUCGUACCAGGUGAUACUGACGAAAACACAGAAGAUGGUCUUGAGUCUCCCUCUCUUUCGACAUCGACGACAGCCGACGGUGCAGGUUCCGGCGGACUGCUUAGUUCGACGCUGCGGGUGUUGGGCAAGCCGUUCCGCACAUCUACGUCGUUGCAUGAAGAAAAGAAGCGACGUGCACAACAGUCGACAAAUGGUGAAGAAGGACGUGACACUAGCUUUCAGCUCGUUUCUUCCACCGACGACGAUCAUGAUGAUAGCACUGGGGUUGAACGGAAAGCGAUUAAUGUUGACAAAGCUAAUACCUCGUCAGGCCUUUAUCCAGCUACUUCAAUUGCCGCCUCCAGAAACAAUUAUGGUCUCCCGAACAUCAAGCGAAGAUUCUUCGUGCCAGAGGAGGGCUACCAGAUUUCCAAGCUCAUCGUCCUCUUAGCUAUCGGCUUUUUGUUCCAACUAUUGAAGGGCUUUGUCGAGCACUGUACCUGGAUGAGCGCCAUGGCGUACUCGAGUCCGAGCGUGGUGAUGAGUACGCAGGACAGAGAAGGUAAUCGCAUUAUGCAGGACGAUUUUCGAGAAGCUUACUAUUGUUAAGGCUCUAUACGAUCUCAUGUCGUUGAAAACAUUAUUUCUACAACUAACGCGUAAGGCUCGAUACAAUUGUAAAUAAUUUCUAGAUCAACUAACUCGUCCCUUAUUGUUUCCUUCUUGGGAUUCUUGGGAGAAAUGCAGGCAAGAAUUUGAAACGAAUUAUUUUGAGCGCUAAUAAUAGCUACGAAAGAACACGCAUCCGAAAGCUACGGUGGCCAGUUGGUGGGACUACGGGUACCAGAUCACAUCCCUGGCGAACCGCACUGUUUACGGAGAUCGUAGUACUCGAAUUUGAUUCAUCUCGCUCCUGAUAGCUGAGAAAAACUAUUUGAGACGUACUGAUGAUGAUUUAGAUGUAGUCCUUGACCCAGCUAGUGCCACCUUUCUUUGUUAAAUUCAAGGCAGAAAUUUCUCUCUUAGUGUCGUUUCUUUCUUCACGAACACCACGAUGUUCAUGUUCUAUAUUAUGAGGAAAUCAUUUUUUACAAGCAGGACAAUCCUCUUUCAUAUUCCGGUUGUCGACAACAAUACCUGGAAUAACACGCACAUUGCGACCAUAGGAUUGAUGCUGGCGUCAAACGAAAGGGACGCGUACAAGAUUUUAGAACGCCUCGAUAUUGACUACGUUCUAGUCUUGAUUAAGGCUCACCGCAAUUCCUCUUGAGAAGCAUCCUUUUUUAACGCCGUGUUUUAUUUUGAUGAAGCGGAAAGGGAAAACGUGUCAAAGAUGGGCCUGUUCGAAGUGAUGAAUUGGGGUGAGCUUGUUUAACAUAAGCGGCGGCGUCGCGCGCUAUACCGCUGACGACAUCGCGAAGUUCCUGUGGCCAGUCCGGAUUGCGAAUGGCGUCUAUCCUGAGAAGGUAGCCGAAGCGGACUUCUUGUCUGCUCAUGGCGGCUAUGUCGUAGACGAAUCCGCACCAACGAAGUUCAAGGAAUCCGUCAUGUACAAGCUCUGCUACUACAGGAUGGGCUUAUGAAUUGGAAGGCACUGUCUAGUUUGUAGAUUAUAUGCAACGAGUUUAUAGGAAUGUAGAGUAGGUUGUCUAGUUUGUAGAUAUGCGUCUGGGAAAUCUUAGGCAGCUCGCCAAAUAGAUUCAAACCAUCACGCAACUAGUGCAUGGUAAGGAGGUCUGGUGCAGAAGAAUGAUGGUGAAAAGUCAAAAAAAUGAAACCAAUUUAUUUGUUGCGUCCUGGGGGAGAUGGAUGCAGGUUAAGAAUUAGACCAAUUUAUUUGUUGCGUGAUAGCACAAAGUGGUGAACAUGCUAGGAAGUAUUUUUCCUAUUAUUGCCUGUGUUUCCCGGCUCUUCUCUUUCGCUUACCAGUUAUUUGUUGCGGCCUGGGGGAGAUGGAUGCAGGUUAAGAAUUAAUUGACUCAAAAAACGAUCACCCCAUCUUCAUAGCCCGAAAUCACUGGCGGGCAGGACCUGGCGCGUAACCAGCCGAUCGGCGCCUCUAUGAUUACGCUGAAGUAUUUUACGGAAGCCUUCACCUCAGAGAACUGGAUUGUGCGGAUCUACAAGGUAAAGUCCCGUCCACACAACCGACUGCCGUACACCGCUAAUGGGAAGUAGAUGAAAUAGGAGCGUUGGAGGACGAGAGACGGAGUAGAAAAAGCGGUAUGAUAAGAAUAAAAGCAUUGUAGGACAUCACGACUUGCUAGGACGAGCGUUUCAUUCAUAGCAGAAGGAUCAAAACUCGUCACCACAGGCGCGAUUUGCAGGAUAAUGACACACAACGCAAAGAUAGAGCAUGUUAUCGAUCAUUCAACAUUACAAAUCUAGUGAUCCUGAUAUUUUUCAAGAAAUAAAUGUGAUAAAUGGUACCACCGGGUCUUUUGCAUGGUGAUGUAGUCAGAUCGCAUCUAGGGACAUCCACACGCCGCGUUGUUGCUCAUUAAAUGUUACUCCACAAUACUGAAAAUGAACCAUACCUACUUACUCCGUUUGGAGGACGUUGAUCUAUCAGGGAUAUUCUUGAUGAAAGCAGUUGUAAUGGGAGCUGCAAAAUGAAAUCUAGGUAGAUGAAAUGCGCGCAUGAGAUUGGGCACUAGUGGGACUAGUACGACACGCAUCUAAAAAAGUACUUUAUGGUACAUCUUCUUCUUCGAGCAUGACACGGGUUCUUUGACUGCAAGAGAAGAUGAAGGACUGCCGUCCAUCG